AGGAUCUAGAUGCCUGAGUUUCUUCAGAGUUUGUUUUACCGUUGGCAGCUCUGUAUGUGUGUGACAUUUUGCCGGAUUAGUAAACAACUUCGGAAAAAUGUAUGGUUUUGUGAACUACGCCCUUGAAGUUUUAGUUGUGAAGAAUUUUGGAGAAGAAAUAUGGGAAAGAAUAAAGAAAAAGGCGGACUUUCAGAUGGAAGGACAUUUUUUAGUUAGACAAAUUUAUGAAGAUGAACUAACAUAUAAUCUCAUAGGAGCAGCAGUAGAAGUACUAGAAAUUCCAGCCAAUGACAUUUUAGAGCUAUUUGGCAAAACUUUCUUCGAAUUUUGUCAAGAUUCGGGUUAUGAUAAAAUAUUGCAAGUAUUGGGGGCUACACCAAGGGACUUUUUAACGAAUUUAGACGCGCUACAUGAUCAUUUGGGUACUCUAUAUCCUGGAAUGAAAGCCCCUUCAUUCCGUUGCACUGAAAGACCAGAAGAUGGUGCUCUUAUUCUACAUUAUUACUCAGAUAGAGCAGGAUUGGAACAUAUUGUUAUCGGCAUCGUUAAAACAGUGGCUAGUAGAUUGCAUAAUACAGAGGUAGAAGUGGAAGUUAUUCAAACCAAAGACGAAAGUGAUCAUGUACAGUUUUUAAUAACGGAAAAGUUUGCACCCAAAAAAUCACAAUUGAAAGAAAUCGACGAAAUAGAAACACUUUCAUUAGAGCCUAAAGUGAGUCCAGCAACCUUCUGUAGACUGUUUCCAUUUCAUAUAAUGUUUGAUCCGGAAAUGAAAAUUGUGCAAACAGGGUUUUCAGUAGCGAGGAUUAUUCCAAAAGUGAAUUCUGUUGGAAGUAAAAUAACUGACAUUUUAGAUCCGGUUAGGCCUCACUUGGAUCUAACAUUUGAAAAUAUUUUGUCUCACAUUAAUACAAUUUACGUUCUAAAAACAAGAGCAGGUGUGAUGAAAGUGAAUGCUCCUCCAGAAUAUCGAAAUCUCAGGUUGAAGGGACAAAUGCUGUACGUACCGGAAACCGAUCUCAUAGUGUUUCUUUGUUAUCCCAGUGUAGUCAGCUUAGAUGACUUAACCAGGAGAGGACUUUAUAUAAGCGACAUCCCUUUACAUGACGCUACCAGAGAUCUAGUGUUAAUGUCAGAGCAAUUCGAAGCAGAUUACAAGUUAACCAGAAAUUUAGAAUUUUUGACAGACAAAUUACAACAAACUUACAGAGAACUCGAUACGGAAAAAAUUAAAACUGAUAGAUUAUUAUAUUCAGUACUACCUAUCACUGUAGCGAACGAAUUAAGACAUAAAAGACCAGUACCUGCUAAACGCUAUGAAUUCGCGACAAUUUUAUUUUCUGGAAUCGUUGCUUUUUCCGACUAUUGUGCCAGAAAUUCUGAUUCGAAAGGUGCUAUGAAAAUAGUGAGACUGUUAAAUGAGCUGUACACAAAAUUUGAUGACUUAACUGAUCCUAAAGUGAAUCCAAAUAUUUAUAAGGUAGAAACAGUUGGUGACAAAUACAUGGCUGUAAGUGGUAUACCAGAGCCUUGUGGUACACAUGCUAAAAAUAUAGCAAAACUAGCUUUAGAUAUGAUGGAUCGAAGUGAAACCGUCUUUUUUGACGAUGAAGUGGUGCGAAUUACAAUUGGAAUACAUUGCGGUGAGGUUGUAACUGGUGUCAUAGGUCAAAGAAUGCCGAGAUUUUGUCUAUAUGGAAAUACGGUUAAUCUAACGAGUCGAACCGAAACAACAGGAGAACCUGGAAAAAUAAAUGUGACCAAAGAUGUUUAUGAUAUUCUCUGCCAGGAAGAGAAUUUUGAUGAACAAUUCCAAUUUAAAUAUAGAGGACCUGUUACAAUGAAAGGAAAGUCUGAACCAAUGGAUGUAUAUAUUUUAUCUAGAGCGAGCUCGUAAAUAAUUUAAUUAUUUGUGUUAUCGAAUAUAACAAUCUAUUUAAGCAAUAAAUAUGUCAGUUAUCUCCAAUUUCAAAUUAAUUUGAACAUAAACAAGUGAUAGAUUCAUUACAAUUAGGGCUUCACGCGGGAUUGAAUGGGAAGAGACUUUCUAAGUGGCCAGUAUUUCACAACUAUUCGACGCGACGUAUCUUUAUCAGCAAUUUUAAUUUUUAGAAUAAACUGUGAAAAAAAAAGUACGAACUCACUUUUGGGUUUCUUAUCGAAUAAAAAAUAAGAACAACCGCGGAAGUAUAUUCUCACAAUCUUCCAAAUUCUCACUUUAGGAAUGGAAUCUAUAUAACCCCACUGGAACAAGUACACUGAAGUUCAAAUAAAGUUUAUUUAACAAUAAAAUCUCGUACAACUCAAAUCGUGCUUUUCUUAUCGAAAUACCGAAAUUUUUUGAGUAAACGGCCCAGCCAAGAGAUAUUCACAAAAACACAUAAUACGAGGAUGGUACAAAUAUAAGCGGAAAUUUUUGAAUAAACGCGCGAGUCGUAUAGAGACAAUUACAAAGACAAUAUAAUUGAGUGAUAACAGCGCAGUUCAUACACCUUAUUUUCUUAUAACGACACUUGAUCAUAAUUUUCUAACGUUAUCAGCAAACAUGUGUAGAAACAUCCUGUUAACAAAUAUCUACUAUUUCUUUUAUAUUUAAUUGUAUUCAGCAUUUAUAGAUUUCUCACAAAAACCUGAGAAUAUUUCUAGCGUUAUCAGCAGACAUAUGUAGACAUCCGGG